AGAAGGCGGAGGUGAAGGAAACCAUAGCGGUUAGGGUUUUAGGAUGCCGAGUUUCAACAAGUCGCAGAAACAAAGGCGAGCGGCAAUCGCUGAACGAAAGAGAGCGAUUUUCGGCGAUCCCUUCACCGGAAAGAUUAAGCAGAAACCGCAGCCGCUUUCGAUUUCCGGGAAGCGCAAGCGCAAGAUCUUCAAAAAAUGGCGAAAGGAGCAAAAGGAGGCUCUGGGGAAGGGCUUAAUCACCAUGGAAGAUGUUGAAAUGGCUGUUGCUGAUGGGAAGGUUGGAGAAGCCAACAAGAACCCUAGGAAUUUCCACUUAAAGAAGAGCUCAAAGCUCAAACUGAAGCAGCUUAAGAAGAAGAAAGGCAAGAGCAAAACAAAAUCCCAUAAACAAACAGAAGGAACUACUGGGAAUGCAAUGGAAGAGUAAAUUACAAAAUUGUAAUGUCGGAUUUUAAGCUAUAGAAUCUUGUACAUUCUAUCAGCAACUGUAGUUUGACAAUGUUGUGUUUUAUACUGAUUUGAGCUUCUGAUUCACUUUUAUAUCUCUUUUUCUUUGGGCUCUGCAAAUUUGCAAUCAGUGAAAUGCCCGUUUAAUGAUUCACUAAAUAUGUUUUCUUUUCAGUUGCAUCUUGCGUGAGAAUCAAUGGAAAACAGUUUUGGUUUUCUAUUUCAACUAGUAAAUUGAUUUGAGUA